AUGGGGAACUGCGUUGGUGCUCCUGUGAAAUCUUCGAGCCCAGCAAACACCUGGUCAUGUCCCAGUCCAGGAUGCUUGACGUCGAAGGCCAUCAGCAGCACUGCCACCACGGAGAAGCUGUCAAACAUCAGCAGCAGCACCUUCAGGCAGUCCACGGGCAGCAGCGUGAGCAUCGAUGAGGUGCACCAGGAGGGCCGCAUCCUGGAGGUGCCAAACCUCCGGAUCUUCACAUUUGCUGAAUUGAAGAGUGCCACCAGGAACUUCAAGCCAGACACCAUCCUCGGCGAAGGAGGUUUUGGGAGAGUGUACAAGGGAUGGGCCAAUGAUAAGACUCUGAAUCGCUCCAAGAGUGUGGCUGCGAUGGUGGUCGCUGUUAAGAAACUUAAUCCUGAGAGCAUGCAAGGGUUGGAGCAAUGGCAGUCUGAAGUGAAUUUUUUGGGAAGGCUUUCGCAUCCCAACCUCGUCAAACUCUUGGGUUAUUGCUGGGAGGAUAAGGAACUUCUCCUUGUGUACGAGUUCAUGGCAAAGGGGAGCCUAGAACAUCACCUCUUCAGAAGAGCGGCAGCUUGCCAGCCACUCUCAUGGAGCCUGAGGCUGAAGAUAGCGAUAGGUGCAGCUCGUGGCCUUGCAUUCUUACAUGCAUCAGAGACAAAAAUCAUCUACAGAGAUUUCAAGUCUUCCAACAUUCUUCUUGACUCGAACUACAACGCAAAACUCUCCGAUUUCGGGCUGGCAAAGAAUGGACCAAGCGAUGGAGACUCCCAUGUCACCACGCGAGUCAUGGGAACGCGGGGUUAUGCAGCUCCGGAGUACAUCGCUACCGGCCAUCUCUAUGUGAAGAGUGAUGUAUAUGGAUUUGGAGUGGUGCUGCUAGAAAUGCUGUCUGGCCAGCGGGCGCUCGAUCCGAAUCGACCAAGUGGGAAGCAAAACUUGGUAGACUGGGCUAAACCAUUCCUAGCAGACAGGAGAAAGCUUGCAAGCUUGAUGGAUCCACGGCUCGAGGGGCGGUAUCGAUCUAAAGGCGCUCUUCAGGCAGCGCAACUCACUCUAAGGUGUCUUGCUGGUGAUCCUAAACGCCGUCCAUCUAUGGAGGAAGUUGUGCAGACCCUUGAGCAUAUUGAAGCCUUGAAAAACAGAUCAAAAGAGUCCAGAGAUGUGGCUUCCCAGCCUAUAGCCUGA